AGACGAGUAUCAUGGUGCGAUGUUCAAGCUUGGAAGCUCUAUCCAUAAGUGCUUAUGGAAAACUUCACCAAUACUUUUACCACUAUACAACUACAUAUUUACUCCAUCAGGUGUCUCUUCUAAAUCUCAUUGCUAGCAACUCGUGUCUCAGUAUCACUCAAGACCAUGCCCCUAGAAUUUGCUUAUCGCCCCCUUCCAGGCUCUUCUUUAGACUCUCCUUCAGCAGCACCUGUUGAUGAUAAAGAAGAUGGAUAUGUCGAAUGCAAACAUUGCACGACACGUACCCGGACUCGAAGGAACUAUUGGAUUGCUCAUACUGUGAGCCUGAUUGCUAUCAUCAGUCUAUCGAUCAUUUUGAUACGCUCCUAUGAUGGUGCUCUCAUAGCUGCAAGAUGUUGGGACAUGCAUAAUUACUACUCCCCUGUCAACAAAGCCCUGGCUACUCAGCCCUACAUCACUAUCCGGUUCAACGGGUCACUCUGGUAUGAGUCCCCCUUCAAAGGUCCGCCUACCCCAGCGGUUGAAGAUGCCUGGCACUCGAUUAUGCAAUAUGGGAUGAUUUCUGUCUCCGCUUCAGACUACGAGAAAGUCAAUCACUCAACCCGCACCGCAGUCCAGUUUCCUGAAGAAGCUGGAGGUGGAUACAUGGUAACGACAGUUGGAACGCAUCAACUCCAUUGCCUACAUUUCCUCUGGCAAGACCACCAUCGUACUUACUUCCCGGACGUUUUACGCAAGGUUCAAGAUGUCCCAGAGCUAUACGAGCGGCAUUUUGAGCAUUGUGUGGACUAUAUCAGGCAGAGUAUCAUGUGUAACUUCGACACAGGUUUGGUGACUUAUGAUUGGGUCUUGGAGCAUCAAAAUCCGACUCCCAAUUCCAAUGCUAUGCACAAGUGUGUGAAUUGGGAUGUGGCGCAAGAGUGGUUACGAGACCGAGCAGUUAAAAUCCCGGACGGGUUCAAAUGGAAGCAGCCUGAGGGACAGGAAAGCCUGCCGUGGAAUCCUUGAUACCUAGAACUUAAAAGAUGGAGGGCAGAGAUUUGAAAAAUGAUAGGUUCUCGGCUACGGCCGAAGACAUGCAGUAAGAAUGU